AUGAAGUGGCUCGCAGGUGCUGCUGCGUUCGCCGCCGUUGCGGCGGCCGCGCCGCAGUCCUCCGUGCCGUUCAGCGUUGGCGUAGAAACGGCUUGGAGCGCACCUCCACUCCUGCUCGAAAUCCUCCUCUCCGGUCACGCUGACAUCAGUGAAACCGCGUACGACGAGUCGGCGUCCUCUUACUUCCCGCUCCUUCGCUUGAUCACGUCGCAUAUUGUUGGCCUACGCAAGACACCUGAGUCGCAAUACGAGCAUGCCCUCCAGCUCAUGGGCUCGCAUCACAUCUGCUCCGGCGAUGAGUCGACGUUCAACCUCGCCCUGUCGCUGCACACGACCGCACCGCGCAUCGAAGCCGCGUUCGCCCAAUACGCCAAGCUCGAUGAGGCGGCUCUCGGAGUCACGGACUGUGCCGCCUGGGUCGAGUUCCAGGGUAAGGCGUACUGUGACGCCGAGAAACUGCGCGCCGCCGUUGAGCGCGGUAUUGACGGCAACUCGACUGAGGUCCCGAUUCGCACUCUGCCCUUCGACCAUGUCUCUGGCGCCGAGCCCAAGGCCGUCUUCUACUACUCACCUAACCCCGAUGCUCUGCCCCUCCUGAACUACCUCGACCAGCACACCAAGUCUGUCCCCGAGUUCGCCUAUGUUGUCCGAUACCGCCCCACGGGCGAGCGUACCCGCAAGACCCUGCUCAGCGGGUAUGGCGUCGAGAUGGCGCUCAAGAAGACGGACUAUCUCGUCGUCGACGACCGCGCGCGCGCUAAGGGCGGCAAGCAGGUCGUGUUCGAGAACAAGCAGGCUGCGACAGGCGUCGGCGUCAAUGCGAUUACGGUCAUCAAGAACGCAAAGAACCCGCUCAAGGCGUUUACGGACCUGUCGCAGAACCUGCCCAAGUACACUGCCGCGCUCGCCCGCAAGGUCUCUGCGCCCGACAGCAUCAAGAAGCGCGCCCGCAUCACAGGUCAUGAGUACCCUGUCUCGCCGCUCUUCCUUCUGAACGGCAAGGUCAUUAAGGAAGCUGACCUGACAGGCAGACUUCUGAAUGCGAUCCGCUCUGAGCGGCCGUACAUCAACACCCUCCUCGACAUCGGCUUCACGCCAAAGGAGGCUGUCGAGCUCAUGUCGGAUGAGGUCAUCGGUACGGCGCAGGCGAGCACCAGCCCGUCUGAGGGUCUCGUCGACGCCAGCGACCGUGAGGAGGGCGGCAACGUCAUCGGCUGGAUGUACGAUAUUGAGAAUGACGCGCACUCGGUUACUAACUCUCAGUACAUGCGUCCUGUGUACCCGGGCCAGCUGCAUCUUGUGCGCCGUAACGCGCUCAACGCGAUUCUUGCCGUUGACUUGUCGAAGAAGAUCGGCCUCGGCACCGUCGCGAACGAGGCGCUCGGUUUCGUCAGGCGCGGUGUCCCCGUCCGUUUUGGUGUCGUUCCCGUCGGUGACAACACGGCCGGCAAGAUCUUCUUCUACAUCAACGAGAAGCUCGGCCGUGAGGCUGCUAACGACUACAUCAAGACGCUCGACACCAUCACGGAUGGCGGCAAGGUUACCGAUGUGGCAGUCGAGACUGCGUACGAGUCUAUCACCGAAUCGGCGGUUGGCGAGUGGCCGCCUUUCGACGCGGUCCUCAAGAGCAAGCUGGUGACGAAGCGCUCUCAGCGCGCCCAGGACUGGCUCGAGCGUGUCGGCAUCACGCCCUCGGAGUCGACAGGCGGCACGCUCAUGGUGAACGGCAAGCCGAUCGCGAUCGGCGUCGGGUGGACGCGCGCGCUGCAGAACGAGCUCAUCUCCAUGACGCAGAUGCUUCAGCAGCUCAUCGUCGGUGGCGCCGUAGGUGAGGACAGUGACCUCUCCACCGUCUUCUACGACCUCCCCUCGACCCUCAAACGCAAAGCCAAGUACAUUGUGCCGAAGCAGGGCGAGAAGCUCGUCGUGUACAAUCUCGCCGAUGUAUUCAACGGCACUGCCGAUGUCCUGGCCGAGAACUUUGUCUACCCCGGUGAGUCUAGCUGCGGAAGCGGCGAACUGACAUCAGUCGGUGACGAGGCUGUUCCUAUCACGACCUGGAUUGUCGGUGAUCUCGACUCGAACGCUGGUCUCACGCUCGCCCGUAACGCGCUUGAGCACCUGCAGACUGAGGGCUGCCGAUCGCGCCUGGGCUUCGUUAAUGUGCAGCCUUCUGGCGGCAGCGGACUCUUCUCCUCGCUCCUCUUUGAACUCAUCAGCACGGGUCAGCUGAACACAAUCAAGCCCAGCCAGCUGAUUGAGUUCAUUGACGAGCUGAACAGCCGCGAGACGAACGUCGACCAGCUAACGCUGGACGAGAUCCAAGCCGGCCAGGCGCCGCAGGAGCUGGACACGGAGGGCAAGGACGAGCCCCUGAACGCCUUCACCGGCGCCGGGUGGACUGUCGGCGUCACGGCAGAGGCGGGCAAGUUCUGGUCUGUCGGCAACACUGUCGCGCACCGCCUCGGCGUAAACGGCACCCAGCCCUACGUACUUGUCAACGGCCGCCUGAUCGGACCCAUUGACGAGCCCGAUGUCCUCAGACCCAAGGCGUUCGGUCUGCUCGAGGACUUUGAGGGCAAGAAGCGCGUUGAUCCUGUCGCGCAGCUCGUGGCUUCCAUGUCUAUCGGCGACGGCAAGGACAUCCCCCGCUCGAUCCAGAUCGGCGACUUCGAGAACGCGCUUUACCACUUCGGUGUCAUCGUCGACCCCAUCUCUGAAACGGCGCAGCGUUGGUCUGGCCUGCUCGAGCUGCUCUCGUCGCUUGACCGUGUUGCGAUCAGCGUGCACUUCGAUGUCGACCCGCGUCCCAAGGAGAUCAAGGUGAAGCGCUUCUACCGCGAGUCGCUCCGCGCGCAGCUGUCGUUCGACGUGGACGGCAACGAGGUGUCGCCCGACGUGCGCUUCGUCGACCUGCCCUCCUCACCUAUCUACACCCUCGGUAUGAGCGUCCCGCAGGCGUGGAUCAUCAGCCCAACCGACUCUCCCCUCGACCUCGACAACCUGAUGCUCGGACAGCUGGGCGAGCCGACCCACGUGCUCUUCGAUCUGAAGCAGCUCGUCAUGGACGGUCACGCCCGCGAGGGCGUCAGCACCCCGCCUACGGGACUCCAGCUCCAGCUUCGCGCGCAGGGCGAGGACGAGGUUGUCUCCGACACGCAGGUCAUGACCAACCUGGGCUACCUGCAGUUCAAGGCGCCGCCGGGCGUGUAUGACCUCACUAUCCGUCCUGGUCGCGGAGAGGAGGUUUAUGAACUGCAGAGCGCGGGCAACGAGGGCUGGGAAUCGCCUUCCGUCCAGGACGCUGGCAACAUUGUUACCCUCACGAGUCUCGAGGGCAACACUAUCUAUCCCCGCUUCACCCGUAAGGAGGGCAUGGAGACUGCCGACGUCCUGGAGGUGGACGAGCCGGCAGGCUGGCUCAGCAAGAUCAAGAGCGCCGUCGGUCUCGCGCCCGUCAAGAAGUCGCGCCACGCCGACAUCAACAUCUUCACCGUAGCCAGUGGGCUGCUGUACGAGCGCUUCGCGUCCAUCAUGAUGCUCUCAGUCAUGAAGCACACGAAAUCCAGCGUCAAGUUCUGGUUCAUCGAGAACUUCCUCUCGCCGACGUUCCUCAAGUUCCUGCCCCAGAUGGCCGAACACUACGGCUUCGAGUACGAGCUCGUGACGUACAAGUGGCCGGCGUGGCUGCGUGCGCAGAGCGAAAAGCAGCGCAUCAUUUGGGCGUACAAGAUUCUCUUCCUGGACGUGCUCUUCCCCAUGGAUCUUGACAAGGUCAUCUUCGUCGAUGCCGACCAGAUCGUGCGCACGGAUAUGAAGGAGCUCGUCGACCUUGACCUUGAGGGCCACGUCUAUGCGUACCCGCCCAUGGGCGACGACCGCGAAGAGAUGGAGGGAUUCAGGUUCUGGAAGCAGGGCUACUGGAAGAAUGAGUUGCGCGGCAAUCCCUACCACAUCUCGGCGCUGUACGUCGUGGACUUGCAGCGCUUCCGCGCCCAGACGGCCGGCGACCGCCUCCGUGGCAUGUACCACGCUCUCUCCGCCGACCCGAACUCCCUUGCCAACCUGGAUCAGGACCUGCCCAACUCGAUGCAGCAGCAGAUCCCCAUCUUCACGCUCGACAAGGACUGGCUCUGGUGUCAGACUUGGUGCAGUGAUGAAUCGCUCAAGACGGCCAAGACCAUCGACCUGUGCCAGAACCCCCUCACGAAGGAGCCCAAGCUCAGCCGCGCUCGUCAGAUCCCCGAGUGGGACAGCUAUGACCGCGAGAUUGCGGAGUUCGCCGCGUCUCUUGGUGCCAGCGAACUUGGUGGCUCUGUCGAUGAGCUCGCCGGAACCCUCGAGAAGGCCCAGGGUCUCAAGGACUCUGACGCUCCGUCGUCCUCCGACGACGCCGCGACCGACUCUGCGGAGGAGGAGGCCCUGAAGGAGGAGAUCGCGCACGAGAAUCAUGUCCAGGCUGAGCAGGACGAAGCGCUAGAGGAGAUCCUCGCCGACGCCGACGCGCCCGUCUCAUACGAGUCUGACCGUCCCGAGUCGAAGCGCAAGACUGGCCCCGCCGAUAGCCAAAAGGGCGGUGUCAAGGCUGACAGCAAGGCCGACAGCAAGGACCCGCGGCAACAUCCUGCCGACGGCAAGGCGGCCGUCCGCGACUCAGUCAACGAGGAGGAGGUCGAGGUGCUCGUCACUUACUCUGACGAGCCGGGAGCUGUGUGGGAGCCCGCGCUGAAGCGGGAUAACACGGAGCCUGACGCUGAGAAGGAAGAGGGUGAGCAGACCGAGGAGGUCGUACACGAUGAGCUCUGA